UUCAGGUGGGCAAGAGGGCAGGCAUGCAGAGGGAAAGCCAGUGGCCCUGGGACAAUGGCUCUCACUGUGUGUGUGCGGCGACUGACAGGGCUGCCGGGAAGCCAUGACCGACAAGUGAGGCUCAGCUUUCGGGGCUUUACCCAGAAAACAAGGAGAAUUCACUGUGAUCAAGAAGCAGAUAUUGGCGAGCUAUUCCGUUGGCCACACUACGGGGCUCCACUGGCAGGGGAGAGUCUGUCUGUGCAAGUGGUCAACUGCAGCCGUGUGUUCAGCCCCAGGUCUCUGGGGACCCUGGUGAUCUCCCUGCAGCAGCUACAGAGUGCUGGGCAUUUGGUGCUGCGGGAGGCCCUAGUGGAUGAGAAUCUGCGAGUGUCCCGGAUCCAGGUGGAGCUUGACCUGAGGUACCAGCCCCCAGAGGGUGCAACUGGAGCCUGGGCGGAGGAGGACUUUGGGGCACCCAUCCAGGACAGCUCGGAGUUGAUCAUCUCCAAUGUGGGUUUCCAGGAACUGGAGCCUGGGGAGGCCCGACUGGAGCGGCGGGCAGUGGCACUGGGCCGCAGGUUAGCUCAGGGCCUAGGUCAGCAGGACGAUGAAGACAACGAGCUAGAGCUGGAGCUGGAUCUGGAGGACGAGCCUGAUGUGGAGCUUUCUGGAGUGGUGUUCAGCCCUCUCAAGAGCCGAGCCCGGGGCCCAGCUCGUGGGGAUCCCUUCCAGGUGUCCAGAACGCAGGACUUCCAGGUGGGGGUCACGGUGCUCGAGGCCCAGAAGCUAGUGGGAGUCAACAUUAACCCCUAUGUGGCCGUGCGUGUUGGCGAGCAGCGCAGAGUGACCGCCACGCAGCGCGGGACCAAUUGCCCCUUCUACAACGAGUACUUCCUGUUCGAAUUUCAUGAGACCCGGCUUCGCCUCCAAGACUUGCUGCUGGAGAUCACGGCUUUCCAUUCGCAGACCCUCCCCUUUAUGGCCACGCGGAUAGGCACCUUCAGGAUGGACCUGGGCAUAAUCUUCGACCAGCCAGAUGGCCACUUCUACCAGAAAUGGGCUCCGCUGCAUGACCCCCGGGACACCCGCGCGGGGACCAAAGGCUUUGUCAAGGUCACUUUGUCCGUGAGGGCGCGCAGGGACCUGCCCCCUCCGCUGCCACCCCCGGGCCCAGGACACAGUUCGGACAUCGAGAAGAACUUGCUCCUGCCUCGCCGGGUGCCGGCCCAGAGGCCGUGGGCGCGGCUGCGCGUGCGCGUGUACCGCGCGGAGGGGCUUCCCGCGCUGCGCCCCGGCCUGCUGGGCAGCCUGGCCCGCGCCCUGCAAGAUCAGCGCGUGCUCCUGGACCCUUAUGUGCGGGUGUCUUUCCUGGGGCAGCAGGGCGAGACGUCCGUACGCGGAGAGACGGCGGCGCCCGAGUGGAACGAGCAGCUGAGCUUCGUGGAGCUCUUCCCGCCGCUGACGCGCGGCCUUCGUCUGCAGCUGCGGGACGACGCGCCCCUGGUGGAUGUGGCCCUCGCCACACACGUGCUGGACCUGAGGCAGAUCUCACACCCGGGCCGCGCAGCGGGGUUUAACCCCACCUUCGGGCCGGCCUGGGUGCCUCUCUAUGGCUCGCUCCCCAGUGGGGGGCUCCGGGAUGGUUUUCAAAAUCUCAAUGAAGGCCUUGGCCAAGGCAUUUGGUUCCGCGGCCGCCUGCUAGUGGCUGUGUCCAUGGAGGUGCUGGAAGGGAGAGCUGAACCUGAGCCUCCCCAGGCCCCGCAAGGAUCCAGGUUGUCCCGGCUCAUGGGAAAGAAGAAGAAAGCCAGGCGAGGCCAGAUCCCAACUGGGAUUCCGCAGCACCUGGAUGCCAGCUCCGGGGCUGAUGGGCCUGAGAUUCCUAGUGCCAUGGAGGUGGAGGUGGAGGAGUUGCUGCCGCUGCCAGAGAACGCCCUGGCACCCUGUGAAGAUUUCCUGCUCUUCGGUGUGCUCUUCGAGGCCACCAUGAUUGACCCCGCUCUGGCCUCCCAGUCCAUCAGCUUUGAGAUCUCCAUUGGUCACGCAGGCCGCCAGGAGGAGCAACUGGGCCCAGGGUCCAGGGUCGAGGAGGGAGCAGAGGGCGCAGCGGGGGAGGCGCAGCCUCUGCUGGAGUCUGACGUGGGAGCCGGGCUGGUGGAGGAGGAGCUGCGGACCCCGGCUCAGCGGCCUGAGCCCGUGGAUGGCAGCGGGCCAUACCUCUGCUUGCCCCUGCGUCACCACAAGCCGUGCGUGCGCGUGUGGAGCCGCUGGGAGGAUCACACGUGGCGCCUGCAGAGAAGUAACUGCGUGCGGAAGGUGGCUGAGAGGCUGGACCAGGGGCUGCAGGAGGUUGAGACUCUGCAGCGGAGGCCGGGGCGGGGCGCCUGCACCAGGCUCAAGCAGGCGCUGGAAGAGCUGGUGGCUGGGAGCAGACAGUUUUGCCAUGGUGCUGAGCGCAGGACAAUGACCCGGCCAAACACCCUGGAUCGAUGCCGAGGGAAACUGUUGGUGCAUAGCCUGAACCUGUUGGCGAAGCAAGGACUGCGGCUUCUACGGGGCCUGAGAAAGGGCAAUGUGCAAAAGAAGGUGGCACUGGCCAAGAAGCUCCUGGCAAAACUCCACUUCCUGGCCCAGGAGCCCCAGUCACCCCUCCCAGAUGUGCUGGUCUGGAUGCUCAGUGGGCAGCGCCGUGUGGCCUGGGCCCGGAUCCCUGCCCAGGAUGUGCUGUUCUCUGUGGUCGAAGAGGAACGGGGCCGGGACUGUGGGAAGAUCCAGAGUCUUCUGCUUACAGCACCUGGGGCAGCCCCUGGUGAGGUCUCUGCCAAGCUGGAGCUCUUCCUGUGGCUGGGGCUGGGCAAGCAAGCCAAGGCCUGCACCUCAGAGCUCCCCCCGGACCUGCUGCCUGAUCCCUCGGCUGGGCUGCCCCACAGUCUGUACCGGGACGACUUCAGCUACUUCCAGCUCCGGGCUCACUUGUACCAGGCCCGAGGUGUGUUGGCAGCAGAUGACAGUGGACUCUCGGAUCCCUUUGCUCGAGUCCUCAUCUCUACCCAGUGCCAGACCACCCGGGUCCUGGAGCAGACUCUGAGCCCCCUGUGGGAUGAGCUCUUGGUGUUUGAUCAGUUGAUCGUGGACGGGAGGAGGGAGCACCUGCAGGAGGAGCCUCCAUUGGUGGUUGUCAAUGUCUUUGACCACAAUAAGUUUGGGCCCCAUGUGUUCCUGGGCAGGGCACUGGCCGCGCCGAGGGUAAAGCUGAUAGAGGACCCUUACCAACGCCCUGAGCUGCAGUUCUUCCCCCUGAGGAAGGGGCCCCAGGCAGCUGGAGAGCUCAUCGCCACAUUUGAACUCAUUGAACUGGACUACAGUGGCCGGCUUGAGCCCUCAGUGCCCAGUGAUGUGGAGCCCCAGAACCUGACGCCCCUGGCUGAGCCCCUCUCUGGACGCCUGUCCCUGCCCCCUCACGUGCGCCCGGUGCUCAGGGACUUCCGUGUUGAGGUGCUGUUCUGGGGUCUCAGGGGCCUUGGUCGUGUGCAUCUCUUCGAGGUGGAGCAGCCCCAGGUUGUGCUGGAGGUGGCCGGGCGACGUGUGGAGUCCGAGGUCCUGGCCAGUUACCGUGAGAGCCCCAAUUUCACCGAGCUCGUCAAGCACCUGACAGUGGACUUGCCGGAACAGCCUUACCUGCAGCCCCCACUCAGCAUCCUGGUGAUUGAGCGCCGAGCCUUUGGCCGCACAGUGCUUGUGGGUUCCCACAUUGUUCCUCACAUGUUGCGGUUCACACUCCGUGGUCAUGAGGAUCCCCCUGAGGAGGAAGGAGAGGAGGAGGCAGGGGACUUCGUGCCUAAGGGACCUCAAGGACAGAAGUCCCUGGAUCCCUUCUUGGCUAAAACAAGUUUACCCAAAAGGCUUCUGAAGGCUCCUCUGAAGAAGGUACCCCUGGGAGGCCUCCUGAAUCAAGGGACAGAGCUGGAGGAGGACAUCCCAGAUCCCGAGGAGCUCGACUGGUGGUCCAAGUACUAUGCAUCGCUGCAGGAGCUCCAGGGGCAGACCAACUUUGAUGAGGAUGAAAUGGAUGAUCCUGGGGAUUCAGAUGGGGUCAACCUCGUUUCUGUGGAUGGGGAAGCCCAAGACCAGGGUGAGGGUGAAGUCAAAGGCUCCAUGUCCCAGAAAAAAUCAAUCGCCACCCUGAAGAUUUACAACAGGUCCUUGGAGGAAGAGUUUAACCACUUCGAAGAUUGGCUGAACGUGUUUCCCCUGUACCGAGGGCAAGCGGGCAAUGAUGGAGAUGGAGAGGAGGAAGGGUCUGGACACCUUGUGGGCAAGUUCAAGGGCUCCUUCCUCAUCUACCCUGAAUCAGAGGCAAUGUCGUUCUCUGAGCCCCAGAUCUCCCGGGGGAUCCCACAGAACCGGCCCAUCAAGCUCCUGGUCAGAGUUUAUGUUGUAAAGGCUACCAACCUGGCUCCCGCGGACCCCAACGGCAAAGCAGACCCCUACGUGGUGGUGAGCGCUGGCCAGGAGCGUCAGGACUCCAAGGAGCGCUACAUCCCUAAGCAGCUGAACCCCAUCUUUGGAGAGGUCCUGGAGCUCAGCAUCUCUCUCCCUGCUGAACCGGAGCUGACAGUGGCUGUGUUUGAUCAUGACCUUGUGGGUUCUGACGACCUCAUCGGGGAGACCCACAUUGAUCUGGAAAAUCGAUUCUACAGCCACCACAGGGCAAACUGUGGGCUGGCCUCCCAGUAUGACGUGGACGGGUACAAUGCCUGGCGUGAUGCAUUCCGGCCUUCGCAGAUCCUGGCGGGUCUGUGCCAACGCUGUGGCCUCCCCAGUCCUGAAUAUCGAGCCGGGGCUGUCAAGGUGGGCAGCAAAGUCUUUCUGACAUCGCCUGAGACCAUGCUGCCAGGUGGGGGGUGCCCCAAGGUGGCAAGUGAGGUCUCUGAGGAGGCCCAGGCUCUGCUGGUGCUGCAGCGCUGGCAGGAGAUGCCAGAGCUUGGGAUCCAGCUGGUACCAGAGCACGUAGAAACACGACCCCUCUACCAUCCCCGCAGCCCGGGGCUGCUGCAGGGAUCACUUCACAUGUGGAUUGACAUCUUCCCUCGGGAUGUGCCUGCUCCACCCCCGGUUGACAUCAAGCCUCGGCAGCCAGUCAGCUACGAGCUCAGAGUCAUUAUCUGGAACACGGAAGAUGUGGUUCUGGAUGAUGUGAACCCGCUCACUGGAGAGAUGUCAAGUGACAUCUACGUGAAAAGCUGGGUGAAGGGGCUGGAGCACGACAAGCAGGAGACAGACGUCCACUUCAACUCUCUGACUGGGGAGGGGAACUUCAACUGGCGCUUCGUAUUCCGCUUCGACUACCUGCCCACGGAGCGGGAGGUGAGCGUCCGGCGCAAGCCCGGACCCUUCGCCCUGGAGGAGGCUGAGUUCCGGCAGCCGGCUGUGCUGGUCCUGCAGGUCUGGGACUAUGACCGCAUCUCCGCCAACGACUUCCUUGGUUCCCUGGAGCUGCAGCUACCAGACAUGGUGCGUGGGGCCCAGGGCCCCGAGCUCUGCUCUGUGCGGCUGGCCCAGGACGGGACCGGGCCGAGGUGCAAUCUGUUUCGCACCCGGCGCUUGCGGGGCUGGUGGCCUGUAGUGAAGCUGCGGGAGCCGGAGGAUGAGGAGCGGGAGCAGCGGGAGGCGCAGGCUGGCAAGAAGAGGCGGAGGAAGAGGAGGAAGGGCCGGCCAGAAGACUUAGAAUUUUCAGACUCUGGCGGCAACAUGUACAUCCUCACGGGGAAAGUGGAGGCAGAAUUUGAGCUGCUGACUGUGGAGGAGGCAGAGAAACGGCCAGUGGGGAAGGGGCGGAAGGAGCCUGAGCCCUUAGAGAAGCCCAACCGCCCCAAAACCUCGUUCAACUGGUUUGUGAACCCACUGAAGACCUUUGUCUUCUUCAUCUUACGCCGGUACUGGCGCAUCCUGGUGCUGCUGCUGCUGCUGGCCUUGAUCACCAUCUUCCUCCUCCUCGUCUUCUACACCAUGCCUGGCCAGAUCAGCCAGGUCAUCUUCCGCCCCCUCCACCAACCCCGUGACACUGACCUUGGACACUCAUCCCAUAAUGCCAACCCCUCAACUCCCACUCCUGGCCGUCCUUCCCACUAAUAUGAGCUAUCCGACUUCACUGCUUGCUUUGAGUAAACCUUAUCAUGCAUCCACUCUGAUGCCUAAAUAUGUGCUGCUCAGAAUAACCCCAGGGGCAGAGAACAGAGACGUUCUUAGGUGACCUCAGGUGCUGGGGAUUUACGGGAUGAAUGAAUACACAGGGAUGGAAGGCUGCCCACAAGGCCCUGCCACUGGGAAGAACAGGACCUGGCAAGAGGUUCUAGGGCUGAGGACCCCUGGCCACCGAGGUGCCAUGCCCUCUGAGCAGCCCACCUGUUGCUCCUGCUCCUGCCAAUGGCUGGGUCCCUCUCACCUAAUCUAUGGCCUCUGCCAUUCCAUGACAGCUAAACACUUCCCAUACUUCAUUAACUUGUUUAUUCUUCACCAACCCUGAGAGUUGGCAAAUCAGUUAGGACACUUAGUUGCAAGUGCUAGAAAUCCCAACCCAAAUUGGCAUAAGCAAAAAGGGAAUUUUUUGGCUCUCCUUGCUGUAAUUCCCAGGGUUUGGCUAGCUGGCUUCAGGUGCACCUCGUCACAGGGGUCAAAUGAUGUCACAAUGAUUCACUAACUCUGGGCUCAGCUCUGCUGUCCUCUGGGGGCUAGCUCACUCGCAGAUAGUCUCCUCUUGGAAGUGCAGGAUGGCUGCAGCAACCACACGUCCUCCCAUAUUCACAUCCAGAAGGAAAGAAAGCUUUCCUAGUCCUGACAGAGCCUGACUGGGCCGCUGUGGCCAGCGGAGUGGGAUAUGCUGGAUGGGGCCCUUCUCUGGAGCUUAGGGUGGGACACCUACCCUCCUCCCAACCACGAGCUGACAGGGUGGACAGGGAGUUCCCAGAGGAAAUUCAGGAUGCCAUUAACAAGUGGGAAUGGUUCCUGAGUGACUAAAAAAAGAAGGCUCACUACAGCUGGCAGUAUCACCUACACAUUAUAGAUGAGACUGCUGCCCAUAGCGGGAUUAAAUAACACGUCCAAGGUCACAUGGCUAAAUGAUCAUCACAUCAGAGCUGGAUCUCAGGUCUGUCUACCUCCAAGGUUUUGCUAUCAUUGGCCUACUUUGCUUCCUGUCCUCUCUCUGCUUCUCCCCCUACUAGUGUCUUACACUGAAACUCCCUGAGAAAUGACUGGAUGAACUAACCAGCUGUUAACGUCCCUGAUUCCCUGGGUUGUGCAGUGUGAGGUCUCAGGGCCUGGUUCUCCACGUGUAUAAAGGGCUAUAAUGAGAAGCCCUGACUAGGUCCAGAGCUGGAGUCUGAUGCUGGCCCUGCUCCAGAAUGGCCACUGCUACCUUCCCUCCCUUUUCUUCAGUUCUGUCUCCACCUUGGAGACUGCACAGGACCUGGCUAGACCCCUCUCAGCACUAGCAGCCAGCAGGGCUUGGCAUGGAGCAGGGUGAGUGAACAGACGGGGAUCAGGUGACUGAGCCCAGGGUGGUGGUGGGGGGCCCAGCUUUAGCCAUCACUGAAGAGGUGGCAAGCCCCAGACUGCACCCAGGGCCCUACUACCACAGGCAUCCGACACUCAUGAGCCUGGGGGCCACGGUGGCUCCAGGAAGUUCACAUGGAAAGGUCCAUCUCAGCCCUGAACCCAAAAGGCCCGAAGACUGAAGCAGAGGAAGGACUAAGGACAGGGCUGUGGGGUAGACACCAGUCUGGUUUGAAUAAAGCCCUAUUAACCAGGGGACAUCCAUGUGGGGCUCCCAGAGGGCACCUGCCCCGAUUUGUCAGUUCUGAUUACCUUCACUAAGCAGCUGUGAUGAGGGUUUGUUCCCAGGCUCCAGCCCAUCCCAAGAACCACACGGAGACCAGUGAGUACUAUCACAAUCAAUAGAUUUAUCAACCUGGGGCUGCGACUGACUCUCCGAGUAGGGGUUGGGUGGUGGGGAAAGAGGCUGGGAAAAUGGC